GUCAUCUGUCACUGUCACAAAUCAAUAUCAUUUGAUAUAAAAAAAGAAAAUAUUUGAUUAUUUGUAAUAAAUAGAAAAAUUUAUUGCAGAACAGAUUUAAGGAUAAAAUUGAAUUUAUUUUAGUCUACGAAGCUUACAUACUAGCUUUAAUAAAAUAUCAGAAAUAUUUCAGUACCCAUAUUUGGAAUAUACUAAAAAAUGGCUCUAGCAAUGCAAAGAAAGGCAAACGUACGUUUGCCACCAGAAAUCAAUCGAAUAUUAUAUAUCAGAAACCUUCCAUACAAAAUUACUGCUGAGGAAAUGUAUGAUAUAUUUGGUAAAUAUGGAGCAAUUAGACAAAUUCGGGUAGGAAAUACUCCAGAAACAAGAGGCACUGCAUUUGUAGUUUUUGAAGAUAUCUUUGAUGCCAAGAACGCCUGUGACCAUCUCUCUGGUUUCAAUGUAUGUAAUCGGUACCUAGUUGUAUUAUACUACCAGGCAAAUAAAGCAUUUAAGAAAACAGAUAUAGAUAAGAAACAAGAGGAGAUUGAUAAUAUGAAGAGUAAAUAUGGAAUAAACACAUAAUUUUAAACUGAUAUUGAUAAUUUAGAUUUUUUUUACUUAUUUGUAUUUAUCACUUAAAUUUCUUUCUAAACGCCCAUCUAAAAGUGUUAAGUAGGUAUGUUGUAUUAUUCCAGGGGCGUCAUUUGAUAGGGGGCAGGGGGGCAUUUGCCCCCCCGACCCUGAAAAUUACUGAAAUUUACAAAAAAUAGAUCAAUUUUGUAUUGUUUGCAUAUAAAUGUAUUGUAUAUACAGGGUGUCCCGAAAAGAUUGGUCAUAAAUUAUACCACAGAUUCUGGGGUCAAAAAUAGGUUGAUUGAACCUCACUUACCUAUAUACAAUAGUGCACACAAAAAAAGUUACAGCCCUUUGAAGUUACAAAAUGAAAAUCGAUUUUUUUUCAUAUAUCGAAAACUCUCAGAGAUUUUUUAUUGAAAAUUGACAUGUGGCAUUUUUACGACAGCAAUAUCUUAAAAAAAAAAUUAAGUAAAAUUUGUGCACCCCAUACAAAUUUUAUGGGGGUUUUGUUCCCUUAAACCCCCCCAAACUUUUGUGUACGUUCCAAUUAAAUUAUUAUUGUGGCACUAUUAUUUAAACACAUUAUUUUUAAAACUUUUUGCCUCUUAGUACUUUUUCGAUAAGCCAGUGUUUAUCGAGAUAUUUUGAAUAUUUGUCGAAUCCACCACAUAUUUGUAUAUGGUUAAGUACGGUUAUAGAGACUUGUUAAUAAUCUGAAAAUUUAUUUAUAAUUUACAUUUUUAGGUAUAUUUUGAAAAAGAAGCUACAUCUCGAUAAAAGGUGACUUAUGAACAAAAGACUAAGAGACAAAAGUUUUAAAAACACUGUGUUUAACUAAUGAUACCACAAUAAUAGUUUAAUUGGAACGUACACAAACAUUAGGGGGGUUUAAAGGAACAAAACCCCCAUAAAAUUUUUACGUAAAUAUAUUGAAAAAGAAGCCGCAUCUCAAUAAAAACUGGCUUAUCGAAAAAAUACUAAGAGGCAAAAAAGUUUUAAAAACGUUGUGUUUAACUAAUGGUACCACAAUAAUGAAUUAAUUGGAACGUACACAAAAGUUUGGGGGGGUUUAAGGGAACAAAAUCCCCAUAAUUUUUUUAUGGGGUGGACAAAUUUCACUAUAAUUUUGUUUUAAGAUGUUCCUGACAUAAGAAUUAUACAUGUCCAUUUUCAAUAAAAAAUCUCUAAUAGUUUUCGAUAUAUUGAAAAAAAUCGAUUUUCAUUUUGUAACUUCAAAGGGCUGUAACUUUUUUGUGAGCACAUUUGUACUAAGUUAAGUUAGGUUCAAUCGAACUAUUUUUGACCCCAGAAUGUGUGGUAUAAUUUAUGACCAUUCUUUUCGGGACACCCUGUAUAAUGCUUGCCCCCCCCCCCUAUCAAAAUUUCAAAUGACGCUCCUGUAUUAUUCUGUAAAAGCAUUAAGUUUCAGUUAAGGUACUAGUACACUUUAGAAGACCAAAAAUAAUUAUUUUUUUUUCAAGAAUAUUUUUCUCAGAACCUUUAUUAAAAAUGAAAAUAAAACUUUUUACAUAUUAGUAUCUAACUCUUAGAGAGUACAAAAAAUAUAUCUUUUUUCAUUUAUGCAUGUACACUAAUAUUGUAGAGGGCGCAAAAGUCGAGGUCUUGAAAAAUGAUGGCGGACAGUUAAUCUCAGGAUUGGGAUAUCUGAAAUAAAAAAAUCGUACGGCAUUUGAAAAAGGAAGGUUUCUUACGUGACAAUUUACCACAAUUUGAUGAAAAAAUAAAAAAUAAAUAUUUUUUAACCAUGAAAAACUGAAGAAAAACGACUGAUUUUUUUACAAAUAUUUUUCAAAUUUCCUUAAAACCUUUCUUUUGCGGAAUUUUUUACUAACGUUGGUAAAUUGUCACGUAAGAAACCUUCCUUUUUCAAAUGUCGUACGAUUUUUUUGUUUCAGAGAUCCCAAUCCGGAGAUUAACUGUCUGCCAUCGGAACUACUUUUUUUCGAGGCCUCGACUUUGGCGUCCUCUACAAUAUUAGUGUACAUACAUAAAUGAAAAAAGAUAUAUUUUCUAAGAGUUAAAUAUUAAUAUGUAAAAAGUUUUAUGUUCAUUUUUAAUAAAGGCUCUGAGAAAAAAAAUCUUGAAAAAAGCUUAUUUUUGGUCUUCUAAAGUGUACUAGUACCUUAAACAUUUUAUCAUCUGACUAGCAACUUGUGGUUAUUAUGUGAGAAAUAAAUAUAAGGUUGUCUUUAUAUAACAAAAUUGUAAAUAAUUGGAAAUUCUAGUGUAAGGAGUAAAUUUUUUUUAAUAAGCUA